CUAAUUUUCUGAAGAAAAGAAAUGGCGAACUCGUACAAGAUCAUGUGCUUGCAUUUGCCCAGUGACCGUUCCGGCUGAGUGUCACAUGUCUAAUAAUCCUGUUAAUACUUCAUCACAUCAUAUUCGUAACCAUAAAUGUGAACUUUUAUACAUUGUUGUCGGUAAUUCAAAUUGAACUUUUCGUGUGUAACGUUCGCUUUGUGAAGUACGGACUUCGUGUUUGGACCAACAGUCCGAAGACCACAAGGCACAAAACACCGGAGCCUCAUGUUUCUUCGUCCACCUCACAUUUGAUCAUUUUCGUUGAUAAUGGAUGUCAACAUGGACUUGAAGUACAAGCUUAUUAUGUUACAGAAUGAAUACGAAUUUCUAGAUUUAUCUGGUAUAGAUUUAGAUGACAACGAAAGACAAAGAUUGCGCACCUAUCUAAGAUCCAACACAUCACCAGACAUUUUAAAAUUACCAUGGGACGUCGGAGAUAAUGAUUACAAUGACAAUUCCGUACUAGAUCAGGAACCAGAAACUCCCAAGUCAUGGCAGAAUUAUGGUACAGAGGGCGACGUGAUAAAGUAUAUGCCUUCGGACACGUCUGGUCCUAUUAUGAUGCAAACAGCAGUGCCUCAAGCACACAUGUUUCCAACAAUGGUAUUGGCCUAUCACCCUGGCGAUUGGCAAAAUAACGUAUUCGUUUCAAAUGACAUGAGCAUACCGUACACGACUGGUGGCAUUACUUAUUCAUCUUAUAUCAGUGCUGCCGGCAAUGAAAAUCAAGAAAUUCAUUCUGGACGAGAAGGCGGCAGAAGAAGCGGCCGAGGGCGCGGUGGAAAAAGAGAGUCUUAUAAUCGCAACAAUCAGAGCAACGAUAUUUCCACAGGAUACUUUCCAGUACAGUGUAUGGGUGAACAGUUUCCUUCAAUGUUUUGUCCUCCUAAUUUUUCCGAACACACUAUGAUAUCUCAGCAACAUCCUGCAGUGGGACAACCUGUCUUUUCGUGCGUGACCCAGUCAGUGUAUCCCCAGCAGCAAAUUCACCAUCAGUCCCACACAAAUUACACCCAAUAUCAUCCGUCUCAAACUAAAAUGAAUUAUAAUCGUCAAUCGCAGUCUAUGCAGUCGAACGGUGAAUCUUUAAAAAGUGUUCCAAAAUCUUACGAGAAACGAGGUCAGAAUGUUCACUCGAAGCCCUUUCGUCAGCAGACAGAUGAGGACAAUAACUCAUCUCAAACUAUAAAGACAACGUUCAUUUUAAAAAACAACAACGUGGAGUCGUGCCAAAAUAACACAGAAAAUACUGCAACUUCGAAAAGUAACAAUAUCACCAAUAACAAAGUCUCCCCCGUUAACGUAAAAAUAGAACAUAAUAUCGUCUCAACCAGAAGCGAGACUUACAUAGGAAAUGAGAAAAAGGAAGGACCAUGCGUUAAUAUUAAAAGCAGCAUUGAAAUCGAGCAGAAUGGCGAUAACAAUGAAGAAUUUGAGAAUGAGACUGUCUCUCACAUCCAAACGACGGUGCUUAAAACACAUUCCAAACCAGCAUCGAAACCAGUGGAAGUGGAGAGUGAUGUUAAGAGUGAAGUUACGAGCGCAGUUAAGGGCGAGGAAUCUACUCCAAAGAAACCGGAAGAAGUUAUUAUCGCUAGUGUUGCUAGUCCAGUGCCAUUGGAAGUAUCUACUUUGCCGACGAAUACCUGGGCCAGUAUAUUAAAGAAGAAUGCCGAAACUCCAUUGUCGCCCGUUACCCCUAAACCCACGGCUUUUAUCAACCCAAUGAACAUGAGUUCUCCAGUCGUCCCAUCAGAAGAGACUAACACAUCCCAAAAAUCACUGGCGCAAGUUGCAUCAAAAGUUACUCCAAAUAAGUCCAUUACACCUAAUCAAGAGACACAGGACAAAAAUGGAGAUAAUUCUCACAGUCAAAGUAAAACAGUGCACGUGGCGGCUGUUGACCACGACUUCGAUGAUCCACUUACCUACAGAAUGGGUGAGUUUUUCCUGGGUUAUCAAAUGGAUAAACAAACUGUGAGUCUGCUACCUCGUGGGUUAACGAAUCGCAGCAAUUAUUGUUAUAUAAAUAGUAUCUUACAAGCACUUCUCGCAUGUCCUCCGUUUUACAAUUUGUUGAUGGCUUUGCCAUACUCUGACACUGCUUCGAGAAGAAAUACACGCACUCCACUUAUAGAUAAUAUGACAAAGUUUGUGCACGAGUUUACUCCAUUGUCAGAAGCAGCACGAAUGCCUAGGAAGGACCGGGUUCAUAAACGCAAUGAAGAUGCUUCAACGGACGUCCACUCUGGUACACCUUUUGAACCCUCUUAUGUCUAUACAAUGUUGAAAAACACUUCUUCGGUGUUUUCAAUUGAAGGAAGGCAGGAAGACGCAGAAGAGUUUCUCUCGUGUUUGCUCAAUGGAAUUAGCGACGAAAUGUUGGAAGUGAUGAAACUGGUAAACAGCGACAAGAGCUCCAACAAUAAUCCGAAUAUGAAUUUAAAUCCUGGAGAGGAGGAGUGGAAGGUCAUGGGCCCAAAGAAUAAAGGAUCAGUCACUCGAUGCACAGAUUUUGGACGUACGCCCUUGUCCGAUAUCUUCCGUGGUCAACUAAGAUCUCGCGUACACCGAGCGGGUGAACAAGCGACCGAUUACGUCCAACCGUUUUUCACGUUGCAGCUUGACAUUGAAAAAGCCGAAUCAGUAAAGAGUGCCCUUGAGAUUCUUGUCGGCAAGGAUCAAGUGGAGGGUAUGACGUGCAGCAAGACAAAACAACAAAUUGAGGCUUGGAAGCAAGUUACUUUGGAGGAACUACCAGUAAUACUUGUUUUGCAUCUAAAAUGGUUUGACUACAAGCUUGAUGGCUGCUCGAAAAUUCUGAAGAACGUCGAGUUUCCGGUGGAUCUAAAACUGGACCCCAAAUUCUUGUCGCCAAAUGCAUCAAAAAAAUUUAAUCCUAAACAAAAGCAGUACAAGCUGUUUGCCGUGACGUACCAUGAUGGAAAGGAAGCAACGAAAGGGCACUACGUGACCGAUGCUUUUCACGUUGGCUAUGGAGGUUGGGUGCGAUACGACGACAGUUCGUUGAAAGGAAUCUCCGAGGGCAACGUACUCCAUCCUCAGCUUCCCAGGGUGCCCUAUCUACUUUACUACAGAAGAUGUGAUACAAUUGGAAAUAAUUCACUAAAUGUUGCUAGAUCACGAUGAGUAGAUGUACAGGACCUAUAGUUGAAUCUGUCUAUUGUUUGAAUAACAAAUGUGCAUUUUACAUUUUCUAAAUUUAAGCUAAUGUUUGUAUUUAAAAGAAUCAGCAUAAGCGUUAAGAAUCAGAUGUUAUAUUAUCUAUCGGAGAAAAGAAUGUUAUGCUGUAUGUCAUAGUUUCCAUUGUGACACAAAGUAUAUUCCCUAUCAUGACUGUUUCAAGUUUAAACCUCAUAGAAAUUCGACCAUUCGCGUCGAGUCAGUUAUUGUGAAUAGAAACACACGAGAAGCGAGUGGAUUUGUUCGCGCAAUCAAGCAACUGCUGCUAAAAAGCCAUUGAAUUGUCAGGGAACCCGAAAACAAUUCCGAAUAUUAACAAUUUGUGAUAAACGGUACCGAGAAGCGAUGCGAUCCGAGCGCAAGAAUUCGCUUACUUCUAUUCAAGAAUAAGGAUACCGUAUUUUCCCUUGCUUAGACCCUUCGUUAGUAGUUUACCAAAUUUUUUAUAUUCUACAGAACCAAAAUGGUUUAUACAUAGCUUGAGAAAAUUAGAAUAGUCCCUACUAGCACGCGAACCUUUUUGGCAAGUUGAUUUUGCUGAACGUAGCUCGUUUGAGUGAGAAGGACGAAUUCGCUGUUGGAAAUACGGGGAAAAUGGUGUAGAUAGAGAUUGGCCUCUUUUUAAUAUUUUCGAGAACUUAAUUUAUCGGAUAGCAUUCGAGUUUCUGAUUUUCAGCCUUUUAAUGUGACAUAUUGAUCAAUUUGUAGAAUAAAUUUUGUAGAGACAGUUUUUUACGAAUUUAGCCACGUUAUGAGACCAGAAUCAGAAUUAUACCGUAUUUAUCGAUUUUAUUUAUCGAAAAUUAGGAUAUCCAUCACGAAAUCAAAUCUUCAAAUACUCUUUUUGUUCAUGUAUAUUGUUUUUGAAGAUUUUCAGAAGAAAUUGUUAUUAUAAUUAUCUAGCCUUUAAUUGCAAAGUUAAAAUCUCUGUACACAUGUUAGGAAUCAUCGUUAAGGGUACUGUAAAAAAAUAAGAUCUUUCUAGGAUCUGCCGAUUUUACCUACGAAAUUUCCAGGUUGUACCUAUUUCACCUACAGAUUUUAACAAAAUAGUUUUACAAAUGCGUUUACUUACUUUGUUAACUUUUUAUUUUAUUGGAGUUUUUAAAUUUACGUCGAAUAUCACUAGACUGACUAAUGUCACCCCUGGAAUGCCUUGUACCUAUAACGGACACAUACAGUUAUACCAUAAGUAUGAUAAGGUGCGAUGUAAUACAAGAUGCUCCUUACGAUGAAAAUCUCCGAAUUUCGUAUAAUUUAACGAAAAAAAAGACUGAGUGAUACAUUCAAUAACUUAAAAUCUACAAUAUUAAAUUAGCAGCGAAUUUUUAUAAGAGUUAAAUUCGUAGAACUUUGGAUAUCUUCUUUAAGAAUAUUCAACGUAAGGACCAUUUGGUAUAUUUAUUACGAGGUAUGAAGAAUAGAUAGAUCGGCAUCGCUAGAUUAUGAACAAUUUGAUGUUCUUUUGUACAUUGAUUGUUACAGAGAUAACAAACAUGACGAAAUCGUAUAAUUUUCACUUUACAAUAUCUUUGAGUUUAUUGUAAUUUGUCUGAAAAUUUAAAUAAAGCUAGCUUACAUCUA